AAAUUUUGUAUUUUGAUGCAAGAUGACUCCACGAAGAUCAGCCUUGUGGCCAACUUACUAGUAUUACUCCAUCAUCAUCAUCAUCAUCAUCAACUCCUCAUUUCCUCCGUCUUGAAUAUCAACUAAGGAAAUUUUCUACACCAAUUUGAGGCUUUGCACUCCAUAGCUCACUUUCUAGUCAAAACGCAAAUCGGUCUCUUGACGGCAUUUAUAUAAUACUCUUACGUCUUUUCAUUUCAUUUUUAAGACAAAUUGAAUUUGUCGCAGCCUUGUCAUUCGCCUUGUGUUUGCAAUUACUUAGAAACCUUUAGACAUGAAGAUUCUCCUAACAGCGGCAUUGCUGCUUGCUUGCGCCUGUCUCCUUGAUGCUCUGUCAAUACCUGGCCGAGAUGUUUCAGUUUUUCGAAGAGGGGCAGAAGCACUUGGCGAGCUAAUUGAUCCAUCUUCUCCUACCUUGAAAGACCUAGAAAAGCGAAGAGGAGGAGGCGGCGGCGGCGGCCGUGGCGGGGGUGGAUCAGGUGGGAAAAGUGGUGGAAAGAGUAGUGGUAGCGGUGGAGGGAGCAAAUCUGGAGGCUCCAAGUCGAGUGGCUCCACGUCAAGCGGUUCCAAGUCUGGCGGCUCUAAAUCUGGAGGUUCUUCCUCUUCUUCCCGUUCGUCCAAUGCAGGCGGUCAGACCAAGUCUGGUUCAGGACCUCGACCUGCAUAUGGCGGGUAUUACGGAGGUGGUGCAGCCGUUCCCUACUCUGCAGGUCGGCGCUCACCUCUAGGAAUCGCGCCGUUCUUGCUUCCAGUCGGAGCGCUGGCAUUCUUUCCUGGCCUCUGGCUCUACGGAGCUUAUGCCUAUCCUUAUGGUCAUCCCUACACCUUCCACAACAGUUCAGCAACAAACGCAACCAAUCCAAAUGGUGUCAAUCAGACUUUGCCCGUGGAAUGUUUCUGCCAGCAAUACAGCGUCUGCGGCUGCGACAGCAACAACAACACUGCUUACAUACAGUCUCUGCUUGGCAAUGGCAGCGAAAGCUCCAUGAAUAGUAGCUUAGUACACGUUGCCGAGGUUAACGGCACGCAGACCAUUUUAAUUAACGGUACCUUGCCUAAUGGCACAACCGCUGCAGGAUCAACAUCCGGCGCUGGCGGCAUGCAGCAGAUGCUGCUUCAGCAAGCCGGCUAUUGGGUGAUUGCGGUCAUGGUUGGCGGUGCCGUCUGGCUGAUAUAAUUUUUGCCUAACGUAUCGUUCAACCCAUACAUGUAUUAUUUCAUUUCCCUCCACCUUUAAUUUUUGUUUUUGGUUCCUGAGCUUUCGAGAUUCACGACUUUUCAAGUAUGGGAAACUUUUUGGAUUCUGUGGAACGCAUGGGGGAACUAUACACUGGAUCAGACAAAUUGUCGAAGACUGAUCAAUCUAUACCCAAGAUGAUUUUUUAAGGUUCUUUUACGCACAAUCAUGGC